AACCCGAUCCCGUUUACGACAAGCAUAGUCGCCUUUUACGGCAAGCAUGGGUUGCUGAAGACCUAUUCUACUCUGGAUCUUCACGGGUCGAAAGCAGAUGUAACACCAAUCAAGAGGCUGUAUGAAGGUGCCCUAUCCCCAGCGCCUGAUCCAGCCACCGUUGCAUACUUUGAAAGUGUGAAAUCAGGACUCUACCGUCACAGAAGCAAAUUGUCUAUUGCGGAAGUACAGUUGUGUGUGAAUGAUGGUGAUGAUGACAAGCUACUUGUGUUUGCCACUGAUGAUGUGUUGAACAUGCUUCAGGAAGCUGACACGUCGCACAUGGAUGGAAAGUUAAUUGUGUGUAUCAAUUGUGGGAUCAGUCAUGUGCAGUUCACUGUUUGGUGAAUUCCGACCCAACUAGUCCCAAACACUUUUUAAAUGGCCCCACCUCUUGAAGAAACACGCUGGGGAUUAAAUGUUGGCCAGCUGAUGGACAAGUAGGAAUGCACAUUCCCCGCACCCUACCUUUUGGUUUUUGUAAGAAUUUAUAAGACGACGUUUGAUGAGGGAUAGGAUUUGUGAGCUAAAGAAACACCGGUCGUGACCAUGUACUCAAGAUCUCAUUAGAGUUUUUGAUUUUAACAAUUGCCAAAUUGCUGAGUAUUGGUGCUUGAGGAUACUAGAAGUAACACUUUCAUUAGAGAAAAAUCGUAAUGAAUGCUUAGUAACAUGUUUUUAAUUCUUUCAUCAUGUCAAAGUUUUCUUAGCCUUCUACUGGUAUAAAAGUACAGAAAUAUAAAGGUAUAGGAUAGCGAAGUUCAACGUGAAAGAAAAUCUGUGACAUAUUAUAACUGGUCACAUUUUAGUGAACUUGACAAGUGAUAAGUAAUAUUCAGGUUACUCCAGUUUGUCAAAUUGUAAAAUAAAACCGUGAUAUAAAUAGUAUCAUUUUCAUAUUGAAAUGGGGAAAUGUUCUACAUUCAUUAAAACACCAUGGAAUAUUUUGAAGAGCAAAGGAACACAAUUUCUUUUUAAAAUGUACACGAUCAUAAUCUGUGUUUAUACUUCAGAAAUGUUCCACAUUUGGAAUUGAGAGAAGUGUGAUAUAUGUUGUUCCACGUAUGAAAUGCCCUCAAUAUGAACGUCCUCCCUCUAAGCCUCACAACUGUGAGAUGGCGGAAGUGGAAGAAAAUCAUGGCAAAUAUAUAUAGAGAACGCAAUUUCAUGAACAGAUGCAAAAUUCAUAUGUCGCACCUUUUCUGUCGCGAAAUAGACACUUUGUAUCUUCUUUCCUGAGUUAGCAUUUACAAUCUGGUGAGACCGUAAAUAUGUCAACACAAGUAGAAGCCAUCUGAUGUAACAGCGGAGGCACAGAAAUUGUACAUGAGUUCCAGCGGAAAUCGCCGUAUGCCCCCUCCCUACGUUCAUACUUUAUCACGAAAGCAUAAAAGGCUUAACUUGUUUCACGAACCUUCUCCAGAAAGAACGUGCUCCUAUAAUCUGCAAAAUAUCUUGGAAUCACUACCAUGAUUCUUCUUUAAAAAUGGUAUUGGAAUUAUUCAUAUAUAUUUAUUCUGACAGGAAUCCCAAACAUGACAAACUAGCUAAAGUGCGGGUACAAUAAGACUCACAUGAAAAUAACAUUAAAGACAUAAAGCGAUUACUUGGAUUCAACUUAUCCCCUCUGCUUAUAUCAUAGAAAUAAAACAUUCCUAAAACAAAUAACUAUUUGAGUGCGGUACACUGCAAUGACAAUUACAUUUUGAAAGCUCCUUACGAGAUACUAAGGACCACUUGGAGUUUAACCCUCGUGUUGUGAAAAGUGGGACAGUAUGGGCGUGUGUGUCAACACGACAACAAGGCAUUGUCGCGCUUCUGGCCGUAUUCCCUUUUCGAUAGUUUAUCACAGGAACACUAUCUUGAAUGAAAAACUAUAUUGGAAGGGACUGCACCUCUAAGAACCAAGCUAAUGACGCGCAACCAAUAACCUGCCCCCCAUGGCUACGUGGUGCAUCGUUUGGCUAAUAGGGACGUGUGUGAUUCUCUCGUUAGGAAGUGGACAAAACACUGCACUAAACAAACCAACAUGGAUGAGUAGUACCAGGAGAGUACAAUACGCCCACACAGCGGUAGAUGGGGAGACUGACGCGUACAACGAGUCACUGACAAUCCACACCAAGCUGAAUGAGCCCAGUGCCUGGUGGAAGGUUGACCUUGAGACGGAGGUUCAGUCUCCACUGAUCAUCCUCUAUUUCAGAUCUGACUACAAGGCUCGUCGUAAUGGGAUACAAUUUUAUACUUCUGUUACAAAUCCUGUUACUCCAAAAGACGGAAAUCUAUGUUACACGGUCAGAGGACGGAGUGACGGCAGAGAUAUUCCUGAUAUUCUGAACGUUACCUGUGAUGAAACCUUUCGUUACCUGACUCUAUACACUGAGACAGCCAAUGAACACAGUGGCCCUGUGUUAGACUUUGCUGAAGUACAGGUGUGGAAUACGUACCAAUCAUACAGCCCAUUCACAGGAGAUGACGUUGAUGAUACUCACACACAGUUUGCAAAUAUAAAGGCUUUGGUCACAGGUAAUGGCCGAAACGUUGCACUGCAUAAAGAAACAUCGAUGAGCAGUACAAGGAGAGUUCAAUAUUCCCGGAGAGCUGUUGACGGAGUAACUGAUGGUAAUGACGAGUCAAUGACAAUACACACCAAGGAAGAAAAACCCAAUGCAUGGUGGAAGGUAGACCUCGAGAUGGAGGUACAUUCUCCCUUGGUUAGACUCUUCUUCAGGUAUGACUAUAUGAAACGGCGUAAAGGCAUACAGUUCUACACAUCACAGACGGAUUCCCCUGAUCCCAAGGAAGGUGAAUUGUGCUACACUGUCACAGGACGUGCGGAUGGUAGAGACAUCCCGGAUGUACUGUAUGUGAACUGUUCCGGUGCCUGGCGCUACUUGACCGUCUAUACAGAAACAAAUAAUGAAGGAGGUGGUGCUGUUUUAGACUUUGCUGAAGUAGAAGUGUGGAUUCCAAAGUCAACGUUAACGACAGUCCCCCCAGGCUGUGCGACAGGACAGAGGUAUGGACCUAAUUGUAGGAAGUCAUGCAUUGCUCGACACUGUAAAAUGGCGUCAAGCUGUGAUGUGACACAAGGUGCGUGUGACGGUGGAUGCAAGGCUGGAUGGCGUGGAACAGACUGCACACAGGUUUGCCCUGGUGGUGUCUACGGUGUCGACUGCAGCAAUGCCUGUGGCAGGUGUGGUAACAACAGUUCGUGUCACCACGUGACCGGAAUCUGUCCAGAAGGAUGUGAGACGGGGUGGCAGUUGGAUCUAUGCAAAGAAGGGAAGUACGGAGUGAACUGUGAGUCUGACUGCGGUCACUGUAAUGGGACGUGUGACGCGGUGGACGGGAGAUGUCUUCACGGAUGCAGUAAUGGAUACAUCGGUCCUCGCUGUCUACGCGCCAUUGCCUGUCCUGAAGGGAAGUACGGAGUGAACUGUGUGUCUGACUGCGGUCACUGUAAUCGGACGUGUGACGUGAUGGACGGGAGAUGUCUUCACGGGUGCAGUAAUGGAUACAUCGGUCCUCGCUGUCGACGCGCCAUUGAAUCCAAGAACAUACUUCCCAACAAAUCGACACAAUCUUUUACCAACAUAACUGGUUUGGGGGUUCUUCUUGGUGGACUUUUGGGUAUGGUGCUGACACUUAUGCUAGCUGUUGGAGUGUAUCUAUGUUUACGCUGCAGAAAAAGCGGGUUGCACUUGAAUCCCAGGUCUGUGGAGGAGAAGAGUAAAGACACACAGGAAUCCAUUAACAAAAGAAUCGAGACCUGUGUCUAGAACAUCUGAAGGCAUCCACUGAUAGCUAUGGGAACUACAAAUAGUACAAGCUGACAAAUGAAGAAUUCGUCAGGAAUUAAAGAAUGUUGAAACUGACAAAGCAUGCAUUUUAUGUAGACAUACCAGUUUAUCUCCACCCAUUGUUCUAAAACAGUAUACUUACAGGUCAUGUCAGUAUACUUACAGUCUGUUUCUUGUCUCGGAAUGCUCCAUUUACAUAGUUUGCUUUCACUGACUGGCACCACCUUGUACAAAUUCCACCAUUUUUCCAUGUUACUGCAUGUUCCUUACUAUAAGGCCUACCACUAGUCUUAAUAAAACAGCACUGUGUAGUUGUAGCCCUUGGCCGUGCCCUCAUCUGCUGCUCAGAGCUUCAAAUCCCAGAUUCCCCCUAUGUACUUUUUGUUUUAAUGUUAGUAAAAUGUUACAUUAAUAUUUAAUGGUAUAUAAAAUAUGCGUGUAAUAAAAGACAAUAAAUUAGUGUGCGCACCACA